CCCUUCCUAAUUGCUCUUUCCGCGCUCUCCUGCUCGUCAUGGGCUCAGCAGAAGCACCGACGACGGCAGAGAACGGUUCAACAACAAACUGCAACGGCAACCAACAACAGCUCGAAGAUGGCAAGGGCCCACCACCGCAGGAUGGAGUUCCGUCUGGAAACCCGCCAGAAAAUGAUGCACCAAGGAGGAGAAAGGCCGGAGUGCUCCCUCUCGAGGUCGGUACGCGAGUCAUGUGCUGUUGGAGGGACGGAAAAUUCCAUCCUGUCAAGGUCAUCGAACGGCGCAAGAUGCCCUGCGGUGACCCCAGCGAGUAUGAGUACUACGUCCAUUAUACCGAAUACAACAGGAGGCUUGAUGAAUGGGUUAAACUUGAACAACUUGAUCUUGAUUCAGUAGAGACUGAUAUUGAUGAAAAGGUGGAGGACAAGGCAACAAGCUUGAAAAUGACACGUCACCAGAAACGAAAGAUCGAUGAGACCCACGUGGAGGGCCAUGAGGAGCUUGAUGCUGCCAGCUUACGUGAACAUGAAGAAUUCACAAAAGUAAAGAACAUAGCAACUAUAGAACUUGGAAAACAUGAGAUUGAGACAUGGUAUUUUUCCCCUUUUCCACCAGAAUACAGUGACUGUUCGAAGCUGUUUUUUUGUGAGUUUUGCCUCAAUUUCAUGAAACGCAAAGAACAACUUCAGAGGCAUAUGAGGAAGUGUGAUCUCAAGCAUCCCCCAGGCGAUGAGAUAUACCGCAAUGGCACACUGUCAAUGUUUGAAGUUGAUGGAAAGAAGAACAAAGUGUACGGGCAGAAUCUUUGUUAUUUGGCAAAGUUGUUCCUUGAUCACAAGACACUCUAUUACGAUGUUGAUCUAUUUCUAUUUUAUGUUCUAUGUGAAUGUGAUGAUCGAGGAUGCCACAUGGUUGGAUAUUUUUCUAAGGAAAAGCAUUCGGAGGAAUCUUAUAAUUUGGCCUGCAUUCUUACCCUGCCCCCUUAUCAAAGAAAAAGCUAUGGAAAAUUUCUAAUUGCUUUCUCAUAUGAGCUUUCUAAGAAAGAAGGUAAAGUAGGCACACCAGAAAGGCCACUUUCUGACCUUGGACUAGUGAGCUACAGAGGGUAUUGGACCAGGGUCCUUUUGGACAUCUUGAAAAAACACAAGAGCAAUAUCUCCAUCAAGGAGCUCAGUGACAUGACAGCUAUAAAGGCAGAAGACAUCCUGACCACCCUUCAGGGCCUUGAUCUGAUCCAGUACAGAAAAGGACAGCAUGUCAUCUGUGCGGACCCCAAGGUCCUAGAUCGCCAUCUCAAGGCUGCUGGUCGCGGGGGACUCGAAGUCGAUGUAAGCAAGUUAAUUUGGACUCCUUACAAGGAACAGGGUUGAUGUUAGCAAGUUCUUCAUGGUUUCUUCACAAACAUACGAUCUCUUUGACAUGCUUUGUAAAAAUGUAAUUGUUAAGUUUAAAUCAGUAGAAGUGUAGAAGUAGAAAAAUUGAUUUCCAAGUUCUCUCUCACUCCGAAAUGGAUGCCUGCUACUAACAGA